AUGACCGCCGAGAGUUCGAUACUAUGCCCUCGCGACCCGUCGCAACUGAACUCGGACGAAUGGCCUGAAUUCGAACUCAAGCAAGCAUUUGUCUAUGACCCAGAAGACCCGACUAGGGCUCCUGCGAGCUUACUGCAUGCUGGACAAUACCGACCACUCACCAUCACUGGAAAACUUGAACCUCCAAACUCUCAUAACAUCGGAUCCUGGUUAGACAAUACUGCUCGUCGCGCCGUUCAAAUCGACCUCACAGACAUCAAAGAGUUCUCCUAUGGUGAAUAUGGAGAUGGUUCGCUGGAUAUAUGGGCUGCUGGUCAGGCUGGCUGGUUCACAAUCAAGCCGAGCAGAGCAUACCAAGACACAUACAGCGACAUGACCCAGGCUCUGAAGCUGCUGUACUUUAUGGCCGACAGCUACAAGGCCCAGAAAAAGUAUGCCGACUUGUCGGCUCCACACUUCUUCAAAAAGUGCAGCGAGGCAAACCUUGAAGGAUGCAAAGACGUCGCAGAUGUUGCCGAAAUGUUUACUAAGCAUAGGCAUUUCCUGAUAGCAUCUAUGUUGAUGAAUAAGGAAAAUUUGCAGUGGUCCCGUGUACCCCUCUACACGUGGUUACAAGUCACGUUUCCGAAUGACUUUGUUCUGGUACAGACGAGGAUAAAACCGCCGAGAGCAAAAUCGUCGCAAAAUAGCGCUUCACAAUCUCCUGCGGCUUCGACUGCCAGCGCCAGGAGGAAAAAGGCAACGGCCAAACAACAAAGCUCGACUCCAAAAUCUGCUGUCUUUGCACGCUCGGCUCGCUCAACAAGAUCAACGAGAUCACAGUCAAAUGCAACAUUGGAUUCGUUGCCUAUGGUCCUAGACAACAGUCCAGAAGUAGAACAGAUCCUCGAGAUUGUGUCAACCACCACUACACCAAGAACCCACGUCGACCAGAACAUGUCCUCAAGCGAUGAUGAGAUCCGCACCACCGGAGGCAAAGGUAAAGGAAAAUCAGCUCUGAGACCGAGGCCUAGCAAGUUCGCCCCACGGGCAAAUAACAUAUCAAAGGGGUCUCCGACUGCCAUACAAAGCAAGAGAGCUGCAGGAGUCUUACCCGACUCUCUUGGCCCAGACGUCAUGUCGGUCGACAAUCCUGCGACCGAGAUUGAGGAGUCCAGUGACAGACAGAUCGAGGAAAUAUCCGAGGGUUCGGAUGACGACAAAGCCAUCGCCACGAAAACACGCGAGACCUCAUUACCGUUUCGUUUCGAGGACGCAGCGAACAACGGGGAUGUCUGGCAUUGUCCUGUGGACGGAUGUAUGCACAAAACAUACGCAGCCUCUGAGCCGAGUUCACAGCUCCUGAUCAAACGGCACUCACAAGCUCACGAUUUCGAUCACGACAAAAGAGUCCAAUUGGUGCGUCGGAUGGAGGCACCUUAUCUACCGGUAAACAGGUUGAUGGACAGAGUCAGAGGGAUGGCUGCAUCGAGCAAGUUUCCACCACCAAUCACCCAACGCUACUGA